AUGCUCCAACCACGCGCGUAUCCCCGAGCCGCGGACCAAUUGACCUGCGGAAUCAAGACCUUGGCGCACAGAAAGCUCAGACUGUUGCAGCGACGCGCCGAAUUGAAAAGGCGAGAUACACAGUAUAUCCGAAACCAAGAGCAGCAAGAUCCGCGCAAGCUGCAAGGUUCAGCGGGACCCGAGGGGGCGGCGAUUGUUCAGACCGCGGAGUAUAUCACAACCAAUGGCUUUCGUUCCUGGCGCGGGUACCAAAUCUAA